GUAAAGGAGCUAACUUGACUUGGGCAAUGGGAAAGGCCAGAGCUUGAACUAUUUGCCUCAUCCAAUUCAGCGAUAUACCCUGUUUCUUCUUCUUCUCCUCUCGUCGAAUUGAUCACAGACCCUUCAGAGGAAAAUGAGUUAUAUGGAUUCAAAAUGUCCCAGCAUGGCCUAGUUGGGUCUGAAUCUGAUUCACAGAGAACCCUAUACCCAUAUGUGACCGGUACAUCAGUGGUGGCUUUGAAGUACAAAGAUGGGAUUCUGAUGGUUGCUGAUAUGGGAGAUAGAAUGUACUUAUGUUGUAUGUCUCUAAUGUGUUCAUCAAGCAAAGAAGUUGAGACUAGCAGGUUGAGAAAAACAAUAUUUUCUUUACCAACUCAGCCAGCUGCAACCUUAACUCGAGCUCCAACAGUUGGCACUUGCGUGGCUCAAGCUGUAAGGCUGAGGAAAAGGGCUGAGGAUGAGUCUGCAGCUACAAAAAGGCGCAGGCUGGAGGAGCAGCAGCGGCAGGAGGCUCCUCAGUUUGUACCUUGUCCUCCUGCCGGUGGUUGUUGAUCUUGCUGUUAGGGAGGUUGGGGUUGUAACACAUGCGAGGGGAAAAAGCUUCCCAACUCAAGUCCAGUAUCCAGAGGGUUAUGGCUUUGCAACCUCUUCCAGCAGAACAGCUGCAAGGCGUUUCAUUGACACCACAUUUCCCAAAAUGGAUCUAAUUCAGGCAAGGGACGAGGUAGAUCUUCAUGGAGGAGAUGAGGUAGUUUGCCACAUCCUUGAGGGAGUCAAUCUUGUUAAUGUUUUGGCAAACAACCACCUGGACUCCCUAAAGGAAAGAAAUAAAUUG